AUCUGCUUAGGGAGUGGCUGAUUCUCAUCAGCGGUUCCUCCGAAUCGAGUACAGGGAUGUCUGUGUAUCCACUUCGCUUUGGCUUUAGUGUAGCUCAGUAUUUCCCGGUUUCCGUAUUCAUAAAAAUGCUGGUCAUGCCAUGUGGAAAGGAGUUUUCAGGAUGUGCUUUGGGUUUCUGCUGAUGGGCCUGAUGCCCGUAAGGUGUUAGAGGGAUGAGAACCUGGUAGGGAGGGUGCAUUUUAGGUGGCGGCCCUUCUGCUCUGACCGUGGGGCUCUGUGUCACAUGAGACUGCCCUUCAGCCUCUGGAGAGGACACGUCCCCAUACCUUAUGUCAUUGGUCACAAGAGGCCAGGCAAAGGUUGGAGUGUGUGAUACUGGGAACACUUUAUUGUCACUGGAAAAAAAGCCAAAAUAGGCCUUCGGUACGAACCACUUUUACACACACACACACACGCACACACACACCUUUCUCCCUUUAAACUCAAGCACUUUUGCUUUUAUAAGUGAGGGGAGCCCUCAGAAGAGUCUGGUAUCUGUGUGUUUGUUUCUUUUUAAUACAUGGAAUGCCUUUGAGAAUCUGAUAACAACCAAGGACCCUUACUGCUUCUUCCAAACAUGCAAGAGCCUCCGUGCACACUUGGGCUUGCACUCACACAUACGCACUUUUGCCUUCAAUUUCCAAAAUCUCAUGGGCCUGUCAGUGGGCUGGAGCGAGACUGCUGGGGUUGAAGUGGACCCUCCCCCCCAUGUAGCCCACUGUGUGGCCGUGAGCAGCUGACGUCAACCCCGAGCAGCAGUUUCUCCACCUGGAAGGUGGUCGUGCUGGCGAUGUCACUUGGCAAGAUUGUUGGAGGACUAGCAGGCACGGUGAAGCACUUAGAAAGUUCUUGGCACACAGCUGCAGAAGAUGUCAAUGUCACUUUCGAAGAUCAACAAAAGAUAAACAAAUUUGCACGGAAUACGAGUAGAAUCACAGAGCUAAAAGAAGAAAUAGAAGUAAAAAAGAAACAACUCCAAAAUUUAGAAGAUGCUUGUGACGACAUCAUGCUUGCAGACGACGACUGUGUAAUGAUACCUUAUCAAAUCGGUGACGUUUUCAUCAGCCAUUCUCAAGAAGAGACACAAGAGAUGCUAGAAGAAGCAAAGAAAAAUUUGCAAGAAGAAAUCGACGCCUUAGAAUCCAGAGUGGAGACGGUUCAGCGGGUGUUAGCAGAUUUGAAAGUUCAGUUGUAUGCAAAAUUUGGAAGCAACAUAAACCUUGAAGCUGAUGAAAGUUAAACAUUUUAUAAGACUUUUUUUAAGUUGUUUAAUAAACUUGAAUAUUCUUUAAAAUGAUAAUUUUCCUUCUUUAAAUGACAUGGAAAGGAAAACUUUCUUUUUAAAAAAUUUUUCAUUUAUUUAAUGGAAACUUGCCUAUUUUCACAUGUCUUACUUAUUUAUUUUAUAUUUUUAAACAAAGGCGGUAUUCAUCUAUGUAUUUUGCUUAACGAUUAUAUCAAGUCUAGGAGCUUUAUGUCGUGUUAUUAAAAACAGUUAAGCAAUC